GUGGUUACGCAGUGGAACAUGGCGAUUCCGUUGAGCAGUCGGUACUGCGGAGCGGAGCCCUUCUCAAUGCGGAUGGGACGGCAUUGUGACUAGAUUAUGACAAGUAUGAAGGAUGUGAAUUUGAUUUGUUGGAACUCGUGGCUUUAUGGACACUGUACAAUACCUGCCUGCAGCAAAUUACUUUUUAAUAUCCAUAACUAUGAUGUGAUUUGGGAUCAUAGUUGUCAGAGAAAUUUGUCUUCAUGAAGAUUCCUGACAUUGGUGAUGUGAUGAAUAAAUUUGAAGUCCUUGGAAUUGUAGGUGAAGGAGCCUAUGGGGUGGUACUAAAAUGCAGGCACAAGGAAACUAAUGAAAUUGUGGCUAUCAAGAAGUUCAAGGACAGUGAAGAAAAUGAAGAAGUUAAGGAGACAACGUUAAGAGAGCUUAAAAUGCUCCGUACUCUAAAGCAAGAAAAUAUUGUUGAACUUAAGGAGGCUUUUCGAAGAAGAGGAAAACUUUAUUUAGUGUUUGAAUAUGUAGAGAAGAACAUGCUUGAAUUACUUGAAGAGAUGCCAAAUGGUGUUCAACCUGAAAAAGUGCGAAACUAUAUCUACCAACUAAUCAAAGCAAUUCAUUGGUGCCACAAGAAUGAUAUUGUCCAUCGAGACAUCAAACCAGAAAACCUUUUAAUCAGCCACAAUGAUAUGUUAAAGUUGUGCGAUUUCGGAUUUGCUCGGAACUUGUCAGAGGGCAGCAAUGCGAAUUACACAGAAUAUGUGGCCACUAGGUGGUACCGAUCACCAGAACUACUACUUGGGGCUCCAUAUGGAAAGGCUGUUGACAUGUGGUCUGUGGGCUGCAUUCUUGGAGAAUUAAGUGACGGACAACCACUUUUUCCAGGAGAGAGUGAAAUAGAUCAGCUUUACACAAUCCAGAGAGUAUUGGGACCACUGCCACCUGAGCAGAUGAAGCUCUUUUACAGUAAUCCUCGCUUUCAUGGCUUGCGGUUCCCUGCAGUAAACCACCCUCAGACUCUGGAGAGAAGAUACCUAGGCGUUAUUAGUGGAGUUAUGCUAGACCUUAUGAAGAACUUGCUGAAACUGAAUCCAUCUGAAAGAUACCUCACAGAACAGUGCUUAAAUCACAGUGUAUUCCAGACUCAGAGACUGUUGGACAGGUCAAGUGGUACUUCUCCAACACGAUUAGCUAAAAGAAAACCUCAUCAUGUAGAAAACAGAAAUCAUGGCAGCAAAAGUACAUCUCUGUCAACUCGAUCAGAUAGCCGAGAUCAGCAGAAUCUCAGUGUCAAUUUUAAGCGAGGAGAUGACAAUAUUCAGCAUGAUGGCUCUUCUAAUGAAAGUUCAAUUCCACUGAGCCCAAAUCUCAUUCCCAUGCCAGACUACCAACAGACGAAACAGAAUCUCUCUGGUGGCAAGGAUUUAACCAACACUAAUUUACCACUUCUCCCCAGCCCGCGACUAAUCUCCAAGGAAGCACAUUCUAAAAGUAAAACUGAUUUCCAGGCUGAUCAAAAGGUUGCAGAAGGUCCAGGUGCGAAAUACUUAAAACCUAAUACAAAGUCUCAGCAGAACCGACACUCAUUUGUAGAAAUGCCACAGAAUAAAACUGGAACUCUGCCAAUUGAAAAACCUAAUCGUCACAGUUACAUAGAACCGAUACAAGGCUCUGUAUCUCAGCAGUCAAAGAGCCCAGCAGUCUUAACACCAUCCAAAACGUACAGGACAUUGAGUGAUUCAAGGUCAGUUGGAAACCUUAGUGACAUGAAAAUACAUGGGGAGGAUCAGACUUCCAGAUAUUUCCCUUCAAGCUGCUUGGAACUCAAUGCUUCAAAUAAUACUGUGCCAACUGGACCCAAUGAAAACAGGCCAGUGCAAAAUCCACCUGCUGCAGCUGCCUCCAUAAGUAAAGGCCUGGAAACUCGUAAACCAGCCACAAGACACUCAACAAAUGAAGAAGAGCUAAAAGUUCCUGCUAGCCUUGAAGGGGGUCAUUCACAUUCAAUAUCUGCUCCUCAUGAGUCUUUUCCUUAUGACUUAAAUUAUCCCAGUCCUUAUGCCUCCAAACCACGUUCGCAGAGACACUCUAUGUAUAUCCCAAGGAAACAAGUAUCUGAAAUUAGCUCUGGAGGUGUGGGGCAGGGAAUGCCUACUAGGACAAAUAGCUUGCAGAUGUUAUCUCCUCAAAUGCAACAUGCUCGGACGUCUCUUACUAGAGGUUCUGUGGGCUCCUCUCGUGAGGACUGUACAGAUACCCCUGGGAUGGAGCAGUCCUUAUCUGAUGGAAAGCAUAGCAGACCACCAAUCAAAGAUUCUACCAGGGAUAAUGCAAUGUCAUUCCACAGCCAUCAACAUCAGAUUGAGCCUGGAGGAUAUCAUGACUUACACUUAGAAGAUGGCAUAUCCACAAAAGAAAAUAAAUAUGUAUUUUCUGAUACAGUGCCUAGGGAUAGACGAGUACGAAGCUAUUAUGAAGACUAUUCGUCAUUGGAGGGAACAUUCAAUGAGAGAGGCCCAAUUAAUGUAUCAAUGACUAGUAAUACUAAGUCAAAACAUUCCAAAAGGCAUACUGCUUUUGAUCUUUGGAAAAGCACAGAGAAUCUUAACAUAAAUCCUCCUGAGCAAACUAAGGAAAAGGGAAAAGGUUUCUUCAGAGCAAUAAAAAAGAAAAAGAAGAAAUCGCAAACUACUGAAAACAGCGAUGGAGAAAAUCCGAGUAUCAGAAAAUCCCUCUUUCCUCUUUUUAGUGCAAAGAAUCAUUUAAAACAUAUCCCUUCCUCAAGAGAACUGCCUGUAGUCAGUCUUCCCAUGAUGCCUAGUAGCGAUGGCCAUGAUCGCCUGGCAUUACAAAAGGCCAUACAAGCCAGCCAUAACAGAGGGAGAGACUGGCCUACAGACAAGAUUGCAGAUGUUCAGCCUCAGAAACACCCUUUGAAAUCGCUGCGAAAGUUUCUACAGCUUCCGACUUCAUUCAGUCAUUCUACUUCCUCAGACGUUCGGUUUCAACCUUUGCCAAACCAACCACUCAAAUCUUCUCAUGGUGAGGGUCGCACCCAUGGAGUGGGACAGACUCCUAACAGCAAUGUACGGCAAGAUUCCCAGGCAAAACCCAGAUCAACUUUUCAACUACCUGGGCAAAUGGAACCUAUCUGGCAUGUGCUACCAAGUGGCAGGACUGGAAUUGAUGGAACUAUGAAUUCUGACCAGAUGAUUUCCAAAUCAAGUCAAAAUGGUCAUUCUCUACAUUUAACCAGAACAGCACGCUCCAGAAUGCCAAAUCUAAAUGAUUUAAAGGAAACAGCACUGUAGCCGUAUUUCAUGCUGUCAUUCUAAAGAUGAAUUAAUAACCAGGUCCCUUUAAUAAACAUUACCAAUGUAAUGUAAGCAAUUAAACAAAUCUUAACAAUUAUGCCAGUGUUGCAAUAUGCAGAAUUAUUUCAAAUUGUUUGAAAGAUUUUGCAAAACAGCACCAAGCAGCUGUGUAACAAUGGCAAACAUCCACAAUGAUUUCUAACAAAGCUCACAAUUCAUAUAGUGUUGGAAUUAUUCUGUAGUAGUUAACCAGUUUGUAGUUAUAACAAAUAAUAUAUUUGUAUAUUGCUGGGGGGAAUUGGAGUUUGUCCUGAGAUCCAUGUUUUCAUAGAGCACAAUGUUACAGUGUACUUAAUGCACAGUGUAUUCACAAGCUGCUGAUGCUUUUUAGCAUUUCGUACACUUUCUUCCUCGUAACUUGCAUUAUAUUUAGGCAUAUGAAUAGUGGUAUUUAAGCAAAUAUAUUGGUAAUUAUAUUUGGUGUGUAGUCAGUAGCUUGUCAGAGUUUGAUAAAAGGAUUUUAUUUUUGGUAUGUAAUAUAGAAUCUGUACAAAGUACUUUCUGAAAAUGAUAUAUAAGAAUAACUCAAAUUGCAAAUUGUUACAGGAUUGUAACCUGUCAUUAACUGAAAAUGUAAACCUCAAGUGGUUCAUCAACACAAGAUGCAGUGUUGGAACAUGAUUGGGCCUGUUAUUUUGCAGUAUAUGCAACUGAGAUUAUAUCUUUUCAUUCAUUUGGAUAAUGAUGGAGACGAGGCUUCAAUCAAAUCAUAUGGCUUGAAAUAAGUGAAUUGAACUGUAGGGAUAUUGGAUUUUAGUUUACUACGUGUUAUGAUAAGUUGUGAACUACGUAUAUAUUGUAUAGAGAAUAAAUGUUCUAAUGCACUUGGGACUCAGAUUAUAUAAACUGCAAAAGUACAGCUGGAAUCAAUUUUGCAACAUCUAGAUCUUCUAGCAGAUAAAAGUUAUUUUUCAGUAAUACCGUUGCAUUUUUAAAAUAAGUUGAUUCUGUCUUUAUUUGUUUUAUAUCAUUCAUUAUCAUUAUGACUUCUUGAGUUUUUCCAAACAGCUGUACUAAUCUCCUUUUAUCUACAGCCUCCCUUUAAUAAUUUUAUGCUUGGUUAUAUAUUGAUGCAGUCAUAUAUAUUUUCCUUCCCCAGGAUGAUAUAUUGAUACAGUAGUUGUACAUAUUGGCGGUGCUGCUUGAGAAUCUGGGUGCUUCACCGAUGGUGGCCAUGGGCAGUGUUGGAUGACCAUGUACCAACAAUGAAACUAGGGUUGCCAUUAGUUUGGUCAUUAUUGCUGUGGCAUCUAGAGCCUAAAAUGUGAAAUUUCCAUUUUCCCUCUGGAUUGGUCUGUUCCUGCCUCAUUAAGAGUUUCCUGUGAAGUUGGUGAGCAGGGGAUCUUGCAUUGGUUUCUCAGAAGGGUUGUAGGCUGCUUAGUAGUUUUUCAAAUUUGUGAGGGAUGCUGACUAUCACACGCUCUUACCAUUGUGUCCUUCAAAUAAUGAAUGCAUAUAUCUUUGGUGGGAAUGAGACACUUCACCAAAGCAAGAGAAUGCCAUCUUCUUGCAGUUAGUAGCACAUAUAGUUAUCUGUGGGAACUCAAGCCUAAUAAGCAGAAGAAAUGAGUCACCGCGCUCAGAAUUUGCCUUGUGUGACAGGAAAAUUAUAUCACAUCAAUAUUUGCUGGAUUAUUGACUGUGCAUAUAUUUACCUUGUAGGUUGUGUUCCCUUAUGUUAGAACAUACAAGUUAUUUUCAUGUAAUUUUGCAUUUCCAGCAUCUGACACCUAGAUCUUUUGCCUGUGCCUUAUCUUGUGCCUAUUGUUUUUCAUUGUUGAUCUCUUGUGCAAUGAUCCCAUAAACAAAAAUAUAUAUAUUUUUAAGAGAAAACAAUGGCCAAAAGAGAAAUUACAGGUUUGUGCAACAUUCUGGUUUAGCUUUGGCCUUUCAAAUGGGCAAAUAGAACACCACUUAGCACCUUAUGCAGAUCAGUAAUUCAUCCUCUAUCAUGCAAAAAUUCUUGCAGAAAUGACCAAAGUCACGUUUGUGAUUUUCAUAAGGGAGUUAAGUUCAGAUCUUAGGCAGAGUCCAAGGAUUUGCUUUUCACUUCAAAUUGUCUGUUUUGAGAUACCCUUGUUUAAAUGCCAACGCAGGAACAACCAACAAAGCUGUACGUGUUUUUAUUUUCUUUCGGACAUCCAUUUUUCCCUCAAAUAUACAAUUUAAGUGAAUGGCAAGACAAGUGUCAGGACAAGCUAGUGUGUAAUAUCGAACGUUCAAAGGGCGUUUGCAGCAGUAACAGUAAUGAACCAUUUGUGAGCUUGUGACCACGUUUGAUUCUCAUUCUGCAGGUAUAGCCCUUUUUAUAUAUCUUAAUCACAACUGUCACCUUCUAUAAAAUAUGCCAUUUUGAUUUUCCAAUAAUGCAUGAAGCCAGUUAUUAAAAAAAACUCAUUGUGACUUUGAGACUUAUCAAGGAAAUUUAACAAUGCUGUUUUCCUAAAAAAUAUAUAUUUGUAUGUUAACCUGAUCAAUAUCAAAUUUUCAUAUUUGUAUAAAUCGCAAGAAUGCAGAAUUUGUACUUGAUAUUAUCAUUAAGGCUUCUAUCAUAUAACUAAAAGUAACAGUGACAACUGUUGUGGAGCGGAUCCUGAAUCUAAGCUUUAUCCAUGCCCUUUAGCAAGAAGUGAUGAGUCAGCAGCAACUAUAUACCAGAUUUUAUGCAAAUUUUAUGAAAAUGUGGAUUCUGUUGAUAAAUAGGCAUCUUCAGAACCAUGUGUGUCUGUCAUUUUUAAGAAAUAGUAAAAGGUAAUGUACCAGCUAAAUAACAAAUGGGCUUUGCAAGUGAGAUUUGACCUGUAAUUUCAUCCUGAUCUUUACCAUUUUAUAUUAAUGAUUACAUAAUUUCAAACUCAUUUAGGAAUCUUCAAUCUUUUAAUCUCAAAACAAAGACAAUGUUAGAUAUUUAAGCAAGCUUUAAGUGAGUUCAGUUUUUAAAGAUUUAGGGUAUGAGUUCCAAACUUUCCAUUAGCACAAGACACUAAAUUUGUGGCAUGCAGAGACUUCCUGCAAAAAGCAUGUUUAACUAAUGACUUUACACAAUAUUUUUCCAUGAAAGUAGUGCCUUGUUGGUUUGCAGUUAUAUUUGCACUAUAUUGCGAGAUUUCUUUCAAUAGUACCUUGCCUGAUUUCUUUUGAGAGAUUUCCGCAAAUUCUGUAUCAACAUCUUUUCCAGGCAGACUGUUUUGUGAAUGUGGUUUGUGUUCACAGUUGAAGAAGUUGAAGCUUUCCUACGUGGUGUACCAUUACUUCACAAUCUCAUUACAGAUUUAGGUUCCAUCCCGUUACUGUCUCAUCGUUCUUCCAAGAUUACUAUAUGAAAGGCUAGUUAGACUGCCUACAUUUCUCCUUAAGUUUACUUUUCACAAAAUAUUCUGAUCAUGUGUUCGAAAUGAUGCAGACUUAAGUAAUCAUUUAAGGAACUGGUAUAUUAAAGCAAUUGUGGAAUAUUCAGUACAGAGGGACAUUUUAAUAUUAUCAUCAGUAAACAGGUGUUGAGUGACUUCUACCAUUGCCAUUGAUGGGAGGUUUCUAUUCCUUGUGAACAAGCAUUCACCCAAAUUCACAAUUUGAAAUGUGCUUACAAGUGUUACAAAAAGUAUCAGUUCUUUGAUUUGUGAUAUUGCUGUUUUUUAAAUGCCAUUGCACACAAGGCUCAGAUGGUCAGUUUCAGUGUUAGAGAUCAGUUACAGAUUUCAGCAUCUCCAACAGCUAAAAUGUAAACCUGGUGUUAAUUUUGAAGCAGGCUGCUCUUAUAUUCUGCAGAAUUUUAAGUUUAAAAUUUUACCUUUGCUGUUACCUUCAGUAUUACAAUUUUUUUACAUCUGCAUACUUUCUCAUAUUAAAUCUUAUAUGGAAAGGUCAGUUUUCAGAGUUAAAACUUAAAAGAAAAAGAGUUGUUGCACAAAACAACUAAAAUGCUGAGAUUUUUAUGCCACAUUUUUAAAACAGCUUUUAUACAAUGGUGAUUGAUGUAGUGUAAACCCAGGUUCCAAAUAGUUCAGCAGAAUAUAAACCAGCAGGUGUAAUUAAUAUUUAUGUAUAUAUUUGUCCAAAAAGUUGUGUUUCAUGCAUGCAGAUCUAAAUACUUCACACAGGUUUGUAUGGGUGUAAAACAGAUGUAUUCUCUAUUAGAUCUUAAUACAUAUCUUUGGGGUUAGAAAUUACUGUUAGGGAGCUUAUAAUAUUAAUAAGGGGAAACCUAAUAAAUAUAAAUUGCUGUUGAAUAUAGUUCUGUUCGGAUAAUAUCCCAGGUGUACAAAAACAUGGAAACAAAAGUUGACUUGAGAGUAUAUAUGUAAUUCUCAAAAGUGUUUAUUGCCUAUAGUCACAAUUCAAAUUAUAUUUUAGGCAGUUAUAUUUUUUUUAAGGAGUAUGCACAUGUUUUCAAGUAUUCAGGUCUCCGCUCAUGUAAAGUCCUCGUUUUCUGGGAUUCUUUGGCAGCAUUUGUGUUUUGUCACCUAGCUGUAUUUAUGUUUUGUUUUCUUUAAACUAUUGCAGUUUUUCCCUUUUUUAAUAAUUGCAAGGUAUAAAACAUUUGUAAAUUGUUUAUAUAACAUUUAUAUGUUUGUAUAUUCAACUUUUAUGGUGUGUUUUCCAUCUGUAUGUACAGCUAUUUUGUAAAUUUUAAUCAUACUGUUUGAGUUGUCACUGAAUAUUGGCAUGAAAUUGGUUAAUUUUUACUAAGCACAAUGUAUUUUUGAAUGGAUCUUGUAAACACGUCUUUAUAAAAAUGCAAUUUUUUUGCACUAAAA